AUGAAAGUGUUAGCAAUAACACUAUGGGUUCUCUUGUUUUUUAUUUUGACAAAUACCAAGUUUGUUGUUUGUGUAGGGAUUUGCAGAGACAAUGAGCAACGAGUGUUGGAGAUCUUGAAGAAAGAAGUAUAUGAUCCCUUGAAUCGUCUAUCUUCUUGGGUAGUCGGAAUUGAUUGUUGUCAAUGGGAAGGGAUCGUGUGCAGCAAUCUCACUCAUCAUGUGAUUGAACUAAGCAUUCCUGGUGUUUGGUUUGAGUCGAGAUAUCUAAGGAUCAAUAACCUAGAGUGGUUGACAAGUCUUUCGAGUCUUGAGAACCUAGAAAUGGAAAGUGUUGAUCUUAGCAAAGCUAAUGAAUGGCUACAGGUUAUUAACAUGCUUCCUUCUCUUGUUGAUCUUCGUUUAUACAACUGUAGUCUUCAUCAUAUAACACCUCUACUUGAUCAUCACAAUUUUUCUUCACUCAAAUCUCUCGAUCUUUCUUGGAAUGGAAACUUUAGUCGUUCUUCUAUUCCGAAAUGGGUUUUCAACCUCCCAAAUCUCGUUUCUUUUGACCUGAGUUAUUGUUCUUUUACUGGCCCGUUACCUGACGGUCCAGUUAACUUGACUCCUCUCACAACCUUCAAGGCUUCUAGAAACUCUUUCAACUGUCGUUUACCUAAAUGGUUGUGUGAUUUGAAUAAUCUUGAACUUCUUGAGCUCUCUGCUAGUGGCAUUGAAGGUGCGAUACAGAGUAAGAGCGGAAACAUAACAAAUCUUAAAUAUCUCUAUCUUUCUUACAAUAACCUCAACUCCACUAUACCAAAUUGGCUCUAUGGAUGCAAAGAUCUAGAAUCACUUUUCCUUGGAGAAAAUCGUCUUGAGGGAACAGUUUCAAGUCUGAUUUCAAAUUUGAGCUCAAUAAUUAAUAUUGACCUUUCUAGUAAUAUGCUUUCCGGAAAGUUACCAAAUGUAAUUGGGAAAGUUAGGGAAAUUAGGAUCGACAAUAAUAAACUCACAGGAGCUGUUCCGGAAAGUGUUGGCCAACUUUCAAUGCUAGAAGUCUUUUCCAUCUCUAACAAUAGGUUGGAAGGCAUUGUAACGGAAAGUCAUUUCUCUAAAUUAACACAUUUACGGUACUUUUAUGCAUCUAUAAAUAAUCUGACUUUAAAAGUGAGUCGGAAUUGGAUUCCACCUUUUCAAGCCACAGAAAUUCAAAUAGGCGGCUGGAAUAUAGGCCCUUCGUUUCCCAUGUGGCUCCGAACUCAAAAGCGGAUAAUGAAUGUUGACAUAUCAGAUUGUGGAAUACAAGGUGAGGUUCCAACUUGGUUCUGGAACUUGUUUUCUCAAAUUCGAUUACUCAAUCUUUCUCAUAACCACUUUGUUGGUGAGGUUCCAUUCAUCUCGACAGAUCAUGAGCAGAGUGGUUUUCCGUCAUUAAUAUACUUGUCUUCCAACAAUUUUAGUGGACCAAUACCAUUGAUUUAUCAGAAGAAAUUCCUGAUUGUUGGAUGA